UAUGAUUUUAGAUUCUCUAUUAAGUAUCUUACAACGAGAAGGAAGUAAUAUUUCAAAUCAAACUUAAGCUGUAUUUUCUUUUUUGCGUAUAUAAUAAUAAAAUCUGUUUAAACCUUUUAUUAUGGGAACGUCUUUAAGUGCACAACGAAAUGGAUCAAUGUUUUACACUAGUGAACAAACUCAAGAAGAACUGUUGUCAGAACUUGAGGAAAAGUUUAUCGAAUGGCAGGAGAAAAUAAAAGCAUUCAAAGGGAAGAUCAAAAGUUCAGAAUCUAUAAGGAAGUACUUGCUGGGGGAAAUAAAAACAGCGUCGGAAUAUCUUCGAACGAAGGUCCCGGAUGAAUGCAGUGCACACGAAUAUUCAAUUGCAAAUAAGUUGCCCGAGACAAAACGGUUAGAGAACGAAAUAACAUUUUUAAAAGCUGAGAGCGAACACCUUCGUUUACGUAAGAUAGCUGGUGACCAGCUCACAAGAGACAACCCAAAUAUCACUGAUCUGACCGACCCAAACCGACCUCUGAAACUCGGUGAGAAGUAUAGCGAGCUUUAUGACAACGAAUGGACGGACGCAUAUGAAAGUCUCACACACAGUGGAUACAGCGAAGCAGAGGCUGUGGAAACGUUACAGCUAACGCUCAAGAAUACGUUCCAGUUCUGUGAGGGAAAAGCCGAGCUGAUACUUAAGAAAACAGGAGAGGCGGUAAACCUUUUGUUCGAAGAAUACCGAAACUCUGUUACAUUUGAGGGGUCGUCAACAAUCAGCGAGUUCAUGCUGUUACAAAGCAGAUGGCAACCUAAACGGACCAGCUUCGUGGAUAGUCAAACUUCCACAGACGACACUCUGAAGAAGGUUGAUCCUAUCCAUGUUGAUAAGCAGAUGAAACAAUUGAGAAAAGAGGUGGCAGAUUCAAUUGUUCCCGUUGUACAGAAGCACCUUAUUUUGGAGAAUACUUUUCCAAGCGUGGGAAGAGGGGGACGUACCGUAGUCUACUAUGAAGGUCAGGAAGAUGCCGAAGAUUUCGAAAUAGUUGGCAGAUCUAAGCUGAAUGUCCCUGAUGAAUGUCGCCAACAUGAAGAGUCAAAUGCAAUUAUGUUGCAAGAGGCAAAAAGGUUGAAGGACGAACUUAAAUCUUUGAAAGCUGAGAACGAGCGCCUUCGUUUACGGUUAAGUAAAUUUGCUGGUGACCAGCUCACUCGAGACAACCCAAAUAUCACUGACCUAAGCGACCCAAACCGACCACAGAAACUCGGUGAGAAGUAUAGUGAGCUUUAUGACAACGAAUGGACGGAAGCAUAUGAAAGUCUUACACACAGUGGAUACAGCGAAGCAGAUGCUGUUGAAACGUUACAGCUAACGCUCAAGAAUACGUUCCAGUUUUGUGAGAGAAAAGCCCAGCUGAUACUGCAGAAAACAGAAGAUGCAGUUAACCUUUUAUUCGAAGAAUACCGAAACUCUGCUAUAUUAGAGGCUGUACCAAGCCACGUUACCGUGACUGGUGGAAAGAAGUGUUUGGUGCUGACAAGCGGCGAGGACAUGCAGUUACAAAAGAGAUGGGAGCCUAAACGUAGAAACUUUUUGGAUAGUAAAACAUUCACAGAUGAUACUCCGCAGAAGGCUGACCAUGUUCAUGUUGAUAAGCAGAUGAAGCAUUUGAGAAAAGAGGUGGCAGGUUCAAUUCUCCCUAUAGUGCAAAAGGCAUACAUGGAUGCAAGCUGGCAAAAGGAGUGUUUGUCCUCCUUGAAACCAUUCAUAAAUAAGUGUUUGUUUAUUGGGUGGAUGAUGGUUGUUCAGACGCCGCCAAUGGAUUUUAAAUCUGCCAGAAAGGGCGAUCACUUCGACAAAAAUAUUUUCAAUUACUAUACAAAAUCCGGAAAGUUUAUAGACGUUGUCGUUUGGCCGGCUUUGUUGCUUCACAAGGAUGGUCCAGUUGUUGGAAAAGGAAUUGCACAACCAAGAAUCAAAACCACUUAAAGCUUCACAAAUUCGGCGUAUAUAUGCACAUUGCCAUCACAAACGUAGCCAUGGCGACAUACAUAAUACAAACACAGGAUACCGUUACAAGAUGGAGGAUAAUGACAUACGAAUUUGAACUGUUCUUUGCACGCAUUCAGACAACAUAAAGUGAUGUUUUAAAGAUAAAUAUCAUGUGAAUACAUUCAGCGAAUGCUUAAACUUCGCACCAUCAAUCACGCAUUUCAUUCCUUAAACU